UGACUCCCUCCCCCCCACCCCAAUAUCUGUAUCUGCAACCAGGCAGCCUACACCUUUACUUCCAUCAGCCCACCCAGAUCAAUGGCCGAGGGCAAGAGGACCUGGGACAAGGAAGAUGACCUACCAGUCUAUCUGGCCCGGCCUGGCACGGCCGCUCAGGUUCCCCGGCAGAAGUACGGGGGCAUGUUCUGCUCGGUGGAGGGAGCGUACGAAAGCAAGACCUUGGAUUUCGAUGCUCUGAGCGUUGGCCGCAGGAGUUCCCGGAGCUCGAAGAGCGCCGGCAAACACGACUCGUCCCGGGACACCGAGGCUUCCAGCGACACGGCGAGUGAGGGCCCGGAGACAGCGGAGAGAGCCGAGAACCCAGGGGUCCAAAUCACCUCAGCAAGCGGCAAAGAGAGACUCCAGAACCGGGAUGACCCGCAGAGUGACCGAUUGCUGAUCAAAGGAGGCCGGAUUGUCAACGAUGACCAGUCCUUUUAUGCUGAUCUCUACAUGGAAGAUGGCCUCAUCAAGCAAAUUGGUGAUAAUCUGAUUGUUCCUGGAGGUGUGAAGAUCAUUGAGGCUCAUGGCAAGAUGGUUAUCCCUGGGGGGAUCGAUGUGCACACCCGCUUUCAGAUGCCCUACAAGGGGACCACCACUGCCGACGAUUUCAUUCAAGGAACAAAGGCCUCCCUGGCAGGUGGAACCACUAUGAUAAUUGACCAUGUGGUCCCAGAGCCCGAGAGCAGUGUCAUCGCUGCCUAUGAGAAAUGGCGGGAGUGGGCGGACAGCAAAUCGUGCUGCGAUUACUCACUGCACGUGGAUAUCACCGACUGGAAUGAGGGUGUGAAAGAAGAAAUCCAGACACUUGUCAAAGAUAAAGGUGUGAAUUCCUUCCUUGUCUACCUGGCUUAUAAAGAUUUAUAUCAGAUGUCGAAUGCUGAGCUCUAUGACAUCUGUAAGUAUGUGGGAGACCUUGGAGGGAUAAUGCAAGUCCACGCGGAGAAUGGAGAUAUCAUUGCCCAGGAACAAAGACGUUUGCUGGAGAUGGGGAUCAGCGGUCCGGAGGGACAUGUGCUCAGUCGGCCAGAGGAGUUGGAGGCAGAAGCUGUGUUCCGUGCUAUCACAAUCGCUGGUCAGACCAACUGUCCUCUUUAUGUCACAAAAGUAAUGAGUAAGACUGCGGCAGACAUCAUAGCCCAAGCCAAGAAAAAAGGCAAUGUUGUGUUUGGAGAACCAAUCAGUGCCAGCCUUGGCACAGACGGCACGCACUAUUGGAGCAAAAACUGGGCCAAGGCUGCCGCUUUUGUGACUUCCCCACCGCUCAGCCCAGAUCCUACCACUCCUGAUCACCUGAUUUCUCUCUUAUCAAGUGGUGAUUUGCAAGUAGCAGGGAGUGCUCACUGCACAUUCAGCACAGCACAGAAAGCGAUCGGAAAGGAUGACUUCACUCAGAUUCCUGAGGGCACGAAUGGAGCAGAGGAGCGAAUGUCCAUCAUCUGGGACAAGGCAGUGGCGACUGGUAAAAUGGACGAGAACAUGUUUGUGGCGGUAACAAGCACUAAUGCUGCCAAAAUCUUCAAUCUGUACCCACGGAAAGGCAAAGUGGCUGUCGGCUCUGAUAGUGACCUGGUUAUCUGGGAUCCAGACGCGGUGAAGACGGUGUCUGCCAAAACCCACCAAUCGGCUGCUGAAUACAACAUUUUUGAAGGAACAGAGUUGUGUGGGGCUCCUGUAGUCGUCAUUAGUCAGGGGAAGAUUGUGCUCGAAGAUGGAAACCUGCACGUAACUCCGGGAAAUGGCCGCUUUAUUCCCUGCAAGCCAUUUUCAGACUAUGUACACAAGCGUAUCAAGGCACGGAAACAGUUGGCACAAGUGCGUGGUGUACCCAGAGGAAUGUAUGAUGGCCCAGUGUAUGACCUAGGAACACCCAAAGCAGGAACCCCUUCAGCAUCAGCCAAGACAUCUCCUUCCAAACAGCCCCAACCAGUUCGAAAUCUACACCAAUCUGGUUUCAGCCUUUCAGGAAGAACUACUGAUGGUUUUACAAAACCUAAUGCAGGGGCUCAGGUGGAUGACGGCCCUCGUCGCAGUGGUCACCGCAUUGUCGCACCUCCUGGUGGCCGCUCAAACAUCACCUCGCUCAGCUGAAGCUCACAGUGGGAAAGGAGAAAGAGAGAGGGGGAGAAGAAAGAAAUUGUGCUGUAAUGAUGAUGUAUUGCAAAGAAAAGCAAAAAAGAUAAUUGUGUUUGUCCUACAAAAAAAAGCAAAAUAAAUGGUUAAUUUGGAUUGAAUAUAAACAGUGCCUCAAGCCUUAUUGAUGAGAAAUGCUACUUUGCCAUCGCUUUAAGAAUGUCUUGUUUUCAUUUAUUUAGCCUUAAGCUGUCACAGUUUACAAGUUAAUAGUAAGGAUGCAGAGAUUACAGUUUUUUUCUCUAUUAAUUUAUUUUCACAACAUUACUCCACCCUCUCUCCAAUUGUCCCUGCUGUCUUUCGCAAAACAAAUACUCACCUUGUUUGUAUAUCUGCAGUGCCCUUCAGGAUGGUCUUCAGGCCUGCUUUUGAUUUACCCCUCAUGUAUUACCUGUAAUCCCAAGUUUUGCAAGCCUUCUGCUUCAGUGUAGUGACAUUUUAGGGCAAAAUAACCAUGGUUUACACUGUUUAAUAUUUCUGUCUCUCGAUUGAAAUGUUGGCUCUUACUUAGUAUCAAAUGUGACCAUGUCAUUUGAAGGAAUUCUGUUUUUCGGUCUUUAAUUCAAAUGCAAGAAUUCACAUGGUUUAACUGUCCCUCUGGAAGCGUGUCAGGCAAAUAUUUUUUUCCCUGUUUCCAGACAAAUUGGCUUUGCUGUAAAUUGCAUUGGCUCCAGCUUCAGAUUGCCAUGCCGUUGUGCAACUCUGUUGAUUUUUCUUGAGGUUUCCCGGGCAGCUUUCUUUUGAAGGCAGUCGUCAUCCCCCCACCAAUGAUAAAGAUUGCAAACAGCCCACUUUUCCUUGAGUGAACGUUCAUGUGACAUUAGGAAUUAGUGCAACCGCCACAAGCUAUAGGUCACCACAACAUAAUGCCCAUUACCAUCUUUGCAGUCUGCUGCCAGUUCACUCUCACCAGCUCUUCAGGUCAGUGGUUGCUGGGCGAUGAUUUACAGAAGCUGCUAGGCAUUUUCCAAGCCUGCAAAAAGCAAUCAUUUGCUUUUGGAGUAAGGUAGGAAGUGCUUAAGCCCUUCAGUAGCACGUUCCAUUGAUAAGAUAUCACCAUUUCUUGAAAGUUACUUUUUUCAAUUGAUCUGAACCCAAAAUACACAGCAGAUUUAGCUGCAGGGACAAAGGGAGUGAAAAAAUCGAUUGCACCUAGAUAGAGCUCAACAGAACUUGGAAGGCUCUCAUUAAAAGCUAAUGUUGUUUUGCUGUUGAAUGAAUUGACUCAAGAUUCACUCUUUGAUGCUGCUAAUGAAGAUUUAUAAUAAUGUCCACCAAACUACUCAAAUUAACUUAAUUUUGUCAACUCAUAAACCAUGCAGAUCAGAAAGCCCCACGUUGAAUCUCCAGUUUGUGCUAAGUUAAUUUGCCUCAGCGGACAGAGUUGGUGUACUUCUAAAAUACCCUGAACAUCCUUGAAUUAGGAAGGAGAAUAAGCCAGGAUCUCAACACCUCAUUGCUAUCUUACUGAUUCCAUCUGGGCAAUGUAUGGCAAAGGACAGUGGGGGAAGAUCAGGAUCAGAUUCAACUGUGAGCUCCCACAUGGCUGAAUGUUUUCACACUGUCUAGAUUCUCACAGGAAGUACAGCUAUUGCUAUUGCCUUCUGGAGAGGAGGGGGACAGAAUUGUGGAAAAAAAUUUGAUUGAUUCACGGGCUGAUCUGCCAAGUUUCCAGUCCGCCCUAAACAAAGUUGUAAUUUUUCUUCAUAAUUUCUUGACAAGUGUCAAGUACUCUGUAAUCGAUGCAUCCUUUUAAAGAACAAUAGUCUUGAUGUGUAUUCAUGUUAAACCUUGUGCAUGAUGCUGAAUGUUCUAGGAAUUGGCUCAUCAAGUCAUACAUUGCAUUACUUUGGAGACCUAAAGUGCUUUCACAUUUUUUAUUUUGCUGCUUGUCUGUAUGUGUGUAUACGCGCACACAAACGCGCACAUACUACCUCUCAACACCACCCUACUUAGAGACUAACCAUGAGGUAUUACAUCAGUGUGUUAGUAUUAUCAUGACCCUCUCCUUAGCAAGGACAUUUUUUAAUGAAUAUGUUUUAUACAGCCUUAAUACAGUACAAUAGCAGCAUUUUUUUUGAACGCUCCUGAAUUAUUUCCCUAACCAGCAACGUGUUAAUGGAAUAUUUAGCAAUGAUAUGACUAGGGAGCCCUCAAACAAAUGCUUCCGAUACUUUAUGUUUGUUGGAGUGCAAGCUGUAUAGUCAAAUUUGUAGCCAGCUUCAAUUAUAAACAUCUACGAUAAAUCCUAUAAAAAAAAAGUAACUCACCCCUAUGCCCCAUACAGCUGGGAUGCUGUUAUUAAGCGAAUAAUGUGCCCUUCCCUCCCACGAGCACCUCUUCCAUUGUAAACGAUGAGCUUGUCAGAGAGAAUGGAAGAAUAGCACAUUGACACGAUGAUUAAUGUAUUCCUUUCAUCAGAUUACAAGGAAAGCAUGGACACAAGAGGACCCACUCCUCCAACAGAACCUGGUCUCUUGUGGGAUUUGGUGAGGGAAGGCCUUGUUAAAAUAGAUCCCUGACCAAAGUUUCCCUCACCCUCACCUCCUAAGAAUAAUUGAGCAAAGCAUUACAUUAUCUACAUACAAUGGGGCCUUGCAUUUAUUCAAGUCAUAUUGUCCCAUUUUUUCCUCAGACCUUUCCCAAGAUCUAGGAGUGAGAUUUAUUAUCAAAAUGAGUGAGAUUGAUAAUAAACCCAUUUAGACACAGGGACCUGCGUAUAUAUGUUUUGAUUAAAAGAUACUUCAAAAUAUGUCACAUUUUAAAAUGCAAACAAAUGAGGAUUGGCAUAGGUCAUGGUCCCAGUAAUACAAAAAGCCACCAUGUUUCAUGGAGAGCUUGACGAAUGGUUGGAAUUAAAUGUAGUUACCCUCUCUUGCUAAGUUAGGGGAAGGAACUUAAUUGAAAGUAUGAAACAACCAGGUCAAAUUAAAAAUAAAUUUGGCCUUGAGACCUCAAAAUAGCUGCCAUCUGUCCACCAUUUUAUCUCACUAUUGUGGCUCAAUAAUAACUGAAGCAGCACAUAUCCCUUGUCCCUUUAUCAGGUAUUUAAUUGAUAUGGCAACUGGUAAAGGCUUACAAAUACCUAAUGCUUUUUUUUUCUUCUUUUCUAUUGAUGCAUUGGAGUGUUUCAUUUUACAUGCAGCUUACAGACAGCAUAAUGCAGCCAAGGACUCCAAGUUAAAUGGGAGGUGUUUGACUUGGUGUUCCAGGAUGUACUGGGUGUGUUGCUGACAUCGGCUCAGUUCAAAUUUUAAACAAAAACACUAAAAUCUCCUGUAGUUAAUGAGGUUUGAAUAGCUGACUAUUUUUAAUUAUCUUUUUCUUCCCAAAAAAGCCUGUGAUUUAAGAUGUAAGGACAACUUUACCAAGGUGAUUGAUGUUUAGAAAUUGUUUCUUGUAUUUAAUUAUGUUUGUAUCUACAGUACAUGUCUUGGACUAAUAAAUUUAUGCAAAUAUGGCUUCCCAAGGA